AUGACGGACGAGAAAGGUUCAAAUUCGGGUUCGGCGGGUUCAACUCUGCACAUUGUCCUCAUUGCAUCCAUUGCAGCAGGGCUCCAGUUCGGUUGGGCCCUUCAGCUGUCUCUCCUCACUCCCUACACUCAACUACUAGGCGUGGCCCAUCAAUGGGCCGCUAUAGUCUGGCUUACCGGGCCCAUUUCAGGUCUGCUUGUCCAGCCCAUUGUCGGCUACUUCAGUGACAAGCUCGGGAGGCGUGUCCCCUUCAUUGCUUCCGGCGCAGCCCUUGUAGCUGUGGCAGUUGUUCUAAUCGGUUAUGCCGCUGACAUGGGCCACAGCUUCGGUGACCCGCUCGAGAAAACCGUCCCUAAGCCCAAAGCACUCCUCAUUUUCGUGAUCGGUUUUUGGAUUCUUGAUGUUGCCAACAACACCGUGCAGGGGCCGUGCAGGGCAAUGCUGGCGGAUUUGUCGAAUGGGGACGCGCGCAAGAUAAGCACGGCUAACGCUCUCUUCUCGUUCUUCAUGGCGGUGGGGAACGUGCUGGGGUACGCGGCCGGUUCGUACACCAAGCUGUACAGGAUCUUUCCCUUCACGAUGACAACGGCUUGCGAUGUGUACUGCGCGAAUCUCAAGAGUUGCUUCAUAAUCUCGGCUACGCUGCUGCUGACUCUGACGAUCAUAGCGCUCAGCAUUGUUCGGGAGAAGUCCGGUUCGGCAGCUGCAAGGAAGGCUGAGGCGGCUCAAAACGGAAGCAAAGGAUUUAAGAUUUUGGGAGCUCUCAAGGGGCUGCCCAAGUCCAUGUGGCUGCUAUUCCUUGUCACGAGCAUUAAUUGGAUCGCAUGGUUUCCUUUUCUUCUGUUCGACACGGAUUGGAUGGGUCGGGAAGUGUACGGUGGGACCGUGGGAGAUGAUUUGUACGAUCGUGGGGUGCGUGCAGGGGCUAUUGGCCUCAUGUUGCAGGCUAUCGUGCUCGGUUUUUCGUCGUUGGGUGUGCAGGCAAUGGCUACGGGGAUUAAUCGAGUGAAGCAGUUGUGGGGAGGAGUUAACAUAAUCUUGGCCGUUGGAUUGGGGAUGAUGGUGCUCGUCACAAAGAUGGCUGAGCACGCGAGGGCUGCGGCUGGCGGGAGCCUCUCAGCUCCGCCAGCUGACGUGAAGAACGGUGCUCUCGCCAUCUUUGCUGUACUCGGAAUUCCUCUAGCGGUGAACUUCAGUCUUCCAUUUGCUCUGGCUUCAAUCUAUUCAUCAAACUCCACAACUGCUGGACAAGGUCUAUCUCUUGGGCUUCUCAAUCUUGCUAUAGUGAUUCCUCAGAUGAUAGUGUCGGUGUCGAGUGGGCCGUUGGACGAGGCAUUUGGCGGCGGCAACCUGCCGGCAUUUGUGAUGGGAGCGGUGGCUGCCGUAAUAAGUGCCGUUUUGGCCGUCACUGUACUGCCGACGACCCCAUCUCCGGAUGGUGGAUCUGCCAGGAUUUUCGUCGCGGGUGGUGGACAUUGA